GUCGUCAGCGGUAUAAAACCCGCGGCUGCAGCACGUUCUUCAGUCGUUUUCACUAUUAGUUGUGUGUGCACCGACGAUAAUCUGUGACAAUGUUGUUUUGUCUCUGCGUGCUGUUCAUGGUCACUAUGAAAACGAGCUCUGUUCCGACGGAAACAUUCGAAGGUUUGGCUCUGAUGGAUCCACACUUCCAAGUAUAUUGGAAGACAAACCAUAGUCACAUUACGUUCGAGCUACACGUGGCGGCCCAUGGUUACGUCGGUUUCGGACUAACCGCCAACGCCAGCGGUGCCAUGUACCCUGGUGACCUCAUACUAGGCUAUGUCAGCAACAACCAAUCGUACUUUGGAGACUACCACACAACUCGUCACGGCCAACCGAUCCUUGACGCGUCACAGGACUGGUUCCUUCUGCUCGCCACUGAAGAUAAUGAUGAAACCGUUCUGAAGUUUACACGCGCUUUUAACACACAAGAUAAGCAGGACGACAUCGACAUUACUGAGUGGCGUUUACCCGUUUCUGUCAACGCCGGUGUUUAUUAGGGCAGAUGUGUCAGACCCGAUCUGGGUGAUGUCAACAUGGUCGAAUCAGUCAGUUCUCACAGAGUACUUUUGUAAAGACAGCAUAAUCAACAGAUAAAUUGCGUUUCAGUGAUUUGAAUGUUGUAAAGAAAUUUGAUGCAAUUAACAAACAAUACAGUAUUGUCAUCAGCUGUUCAGGACUAAAACAUGUACAUGUAUUAUUUAGUUUUAUCAUAAUCUUAAUAAAUGAUUUUAACCGAA